AAGCAACAGAGCACAGCGAAGCCGGUUUGACGCCAACAACAAUGGCGUUUCGCUGGCUCCUACUCGUCGCCGCAGCGGCCACUGUGAUCUCCGUCAUUCCGGCUGCACUGUCCGUCGGCGGAAAUGGGGACUGUGCGCUCCAGGACGGCGUAAUGUGCGACGUCAUCACGAACGCCGCCACCGUUGAGUUCACGAGGAACUUCUACAUAUGGAACUCGUCGUGGUGGUUCUGGCCAGAGUUCCACGCCGGCCGCAUCAUAGGCCUAGGCAAGGAACUGCGGCAGUUCGGCGGCUGCGCCUUGGAUAUCGGUGACGCGGCAGUCGCCACGUGUGACGUGAGCCACGUGGUGCUCAGGCUACGCUACCAUUGGCGCGUGGGAGUCAAGGACCCGAGACUGGACGAGCACCGCCAGCAGAGCAAUCCGCUGCUCUUGAUCAACGCAGGGACCAUGACGGCUACCAUGGUCGGAGGACCGAUUCGGAUGACGCUGGAGAAAGAUCCUGAAAACAACCACUUCCUUGCUAAAGAGAUCGACUUGGGCAAGUUUGAGAUCAAGAACUUGGCCUUCAGCAACGCCACCGUCACCUGGGAAGGAAAACAAGUGGACACGAACGAUGCGGUGUUUCAGAGUAGGCUCCGGGAACUGCUUGAGUACGUGCUCUACAAGUACUUCAAGGACAUGAUUUCAUGAUUUUUAACAAGGCGGUCGUGUCCUUGGAGCCCUAAAUCGUGGAUUUUUUUGUCCUUCUACUUUGUUGCCCACAAAACCCGAUAACAUAACCGAAUAAAUUUCUUACGUUCCAAGUA